AUGUCCAACGUCCGCGGGCCGACGUCGGCUUUGACCGAGUUCCUGAGGGAGCGCGGUAUCAGUGCAAGAAACACCAACCGUUUCCGCCGACGAGAUCAGGAUCAGACAGAUGCAGCAGCAGCAGCAGCCGCAGCGGACAGCCCGCAAGCUGCCUCGGCCUCCCCUUCUGCUGCUUCUCCAUCGGCAGCUCCGCGCCCUCGACGCCCCUUGGCCCGCAGCGGCAGCUCUAUGAACUUCGAAGAGGAUGACGAGACGGACGAAGAUCUACCCGAAGCUGCCACCUCAACGGCCGAGGCGAGCACCAGCUCCAGCAGACCAACUCGAGGCAACGGAAAGAAGCGCGCCUCGCAGACUGAAGUUGCCGCCGAGGCCAGCAGCAGCAGCACAACUAACGGCAACGGCAAGAAGAAGCUCAAGAAGGGCGACGAAGAUGACGAUGACUACAAUCCAAAGGGGAAGAAGGGCCCUGCGCCCGACGACUGGGAAGACGCCAUCGGUCUGCCUCAAGCCAGCAGCUCCCGUGCCAAUCACUCCUACGCCAACCGCAAACCCGGUAGCAUCUCCUAUUGCGGCAUGUGCAAGAUGAAGUUUACCAUCACCUCGUACACCAAGAUGUCCGACAAGGGUCCGCUUUGCCAUCGCUGUGGCCCGACCUACAAGGGCAACGGAACGGGCCCGGACGCAAAGGCAAAGCCCGCGCCGAAGAAGAAGCAAGUCCGUCGCAAGAACCUGCAGGACGGCCUGCGACAGAGCUUCCCCAGUCUACAGAGCUACUGCAUCGAGGUCGUCAGUCGUCACAUCGAGGAUGUCGAGGCUCUGGGCCAGAUCGGCUUCGUCAAUCUGGACGCCAUCAGCAAGUCGAUCUCUAAGAACCGCAGUCUGAACCCGACGACACUGCAACUCUUCCUGUCCCCGUCGAUCACCACCCUCUCGCUGUACGAUUGCAGCAAGCUUACCAGUGAGUCCUUGCAAAGCAUUGCUACCUUUGCACCCAACCUCGAGCACAUCAAUCUGCAGCUCUGUGGUAUGCUGGACAACGACGCCAUGGACGUGUGGGCACAGAAGCUUCCCAAGCUCAAGAGUGUUGAGCUCUACGGACCUUUCCUGGUGCGCAAGGAGGCCUGGCAUCGCUUCUUUGAAGCUGUCGGACCCCGUCUGGAGAGCUUCAAGAUACGAGAAUCGCCGCGAUUCGAUUUGUCGUGCGCCGAAGCGAUGGUGAAGCACUGCCCCAACCUUCGCGAGCUUGGCUUGGCGCAGAUUGGUCCGCUGGACAAGACGAUGCUGCAGCCUCUCGAGAGCUAUGGCGAGCAGCUCACGUAUCUCGAUGUCUCGGACCCAGGCGUGUCCGCUCCGGGUAUUCCGCCCAAGUCGCUGGAAGACGACGAGGUGGUCAGCCUGCUCAAGGCCGUGGGCAAGAAUCUGACGCAUCUCGAUGUAUCCAAGAACAUUGAUCUCACCGACCGCAUCGUCAAGGAGGCGAUCACGCCGUACUGUCGCAAAGUCAAGACGCUUCGCCUGAUCGGUCUCGAGAAGAUUGAAGCCGAGACAAUGGCGGGCAUGUUCAACGACUGGGUAAGCGAAGGAGUCUCAGGUGUCUCUCAUUUGCACCUGGAUCGAAUGCUCAAGCUCGACGACAGCUUGAUGGAACCGAUGCUCAAGCACUCGGGGCCUGAGCUGGUCGAGCUAUCGCUCAACUCGGUGGAUGGCAUCACCGACAAGGGCCUCGAAAUUCUCGCCAAUGCGAAGAACCUGCCGGUGCUGGAGACGCUGGACCUCUCCUUCGUACGAGCGGUGGAUGACGACAGCCUGGAGAAGAUCUGCAAGAACCUGAACAGCCUCAAGAAGGUGUUCGUGUUUGGCUGCAACCGCAUCAGCGAUUUCCUCAAGUCGGAGCGGGUCAGAAUCGUUGGCAAGGAGAAGUAUGCCACCUGA